AUGGGCAGCUUCAAGGACAAGCUGCUGGCGGCUGCAACAAUCGGCGGCGUCGUUGCAGUAGGCAUGGUCUUCAGUUCCAAUCCAAUGCUGAAGGCAAAGGCCAUCGACCUAACGAAUUUCAUGCGCGGGAACCCAAUUCUUGGUGUGGUCCUGCACUCAGCUUUCUCAACAGCUAUCACUGUGUCCGGCAUCCCCUUCUCUUUGGUGGACCUUGGUGCUGCCUGGGUCUACGGCUUCCGGGCGGCCAUGUGUAUGCUACUUUUUGCGAAGACGCUCGGAAGCAUCCUUUGCUUCCUUGUGGCACGGAGCGUGCUGCCUGCGGCCCGAAAAGCCAGCGUUCUGUCGCAUCCAACGGUUGCUCGCGUCGACCGAAUACUGGCCAGCAGCCCGAUCUACUACGGGACACUCUUCCGGCUGGCCUUGCUUCCUACGUUCGUGCCACUUGACACCGCAAGCUUUCGGUGCUACGUGGGCGAACGCAAAGCA